UUGUUCCGUGACGAUCGGUGGUGUAUUUUGUGCAAUCUCGGUUUUAACAAAAAUUUAAGUGCAAAUCGAAUCGAAACAUUGAAUAAAAAUCGCACACACGUUCGUGUACGCAAAUUCGAAUAGUGAAUAAAUUGGUGAGCGAUAAAAUAAAUCAAAAAAAAAAAAUAUUUUAAAUUUGAUGUUGAUGUUAAACGGUGUUAAAUCAUCGGAUUCAAUUAACGUACAGAAAUUGCUAAUUGAGAAUCAUAACAACUGUGUUUUGUCGAUGACUGGAAAUAAUAUCACAAACAGUGUCGAUUCCAGAGCAUGUUCGAAACCGGACGGAAAGUGAACUGAUGUUGUCGUGUUAGUUAGUUAUAACAUCUUUAAUUCAACGUACUGCGUCUACGUUAUCCAUACAAAAAUUUACUUAAAGAAAAAACUCAAUAAAUUUUCUUUUAUUCAUUUCAACGUUUUUCAUCAUACAAUUAAAAAAAAAAACCAAUCGCAUGAUACUCUAAAUGGACCUGAACUGAUUUUUUUUGAAUUGGCAUUUUAUCAAAAUUAGAAUACGAUGACAAACUCACAGCUAUGGUUUCGAGGUGUUCGACCAUCGAAAUUCCGCCACAUCUACGGUCAAUCGUCCCGUAAAGAGAGCUGCUACACCGACAUCAGUGUUGUUCGCAGCGGGAACGAUGGCAAUUUCUGUGCAGUCAAUCCAAUACUGUUGGCUAUAGUGGCCGAUACAGCGUUCGUUGUAAUCCCGUUGAGCCAGGCUGGUCGAAUUGACUUCCAAUGCUGCAAAGUUAUUGGACACACUGGACAGAUUCUCGAUUUGAAAUGGAAUCCAUUCAACGAUAAUCUUAUCGCAUCAGCGUCCGACGAUUGUACUAUUCGAAUUUGGGAAAUACCAACGGAAGGAUUGACUUCCAAUUUAACUGAAAGUCUUGUGGAACUUCAAGGUCAUAUGCGAAAAGUGUUGCAAGUUGAAUGGCAUCCAACAGCUAACAAUGUUUUGAUUAGUAUUGGUUUCGAUCAAUCGAUAAUAAUCUGGGAUGUGUCCAACCAAACCGAUCAAAUACUUAAAACAAUCAAUUGCCAUAAUGAUAUGAUUUAUUCGCUGGCGAUAAAUCGUGAUGGGUCACUUCUGGCCACUACUAGCAAAGAUCGUAAGUUAAGGAUUAUAGAACCACGAACUGCAAUCGUUGUUUCGGAAGGAACAUGUCACUUGAGUUCGAAAUGUUCGAAGGUAACAUUUUUGGAUAAUGGCAAGGUGUUAACGACAGGAUUUUCUCGACAUUCCGAUCGACAAUAUGCUAUCUGGGAUCAGCAUGACCUAAAGAAACCGUUAGCAUUGGAGGUGAUGGACAGUUCGAGUGGUGUUGUGACUCCUUACUUUGAUUAUGAUACGAAAGUCCUCUAUCUCGCUGGAAAGGGCGAUGGGAACAUAAGGUAUUACGAGAUUGUCGAGGAACAACCAUACAUCUAUUACUUGAAUCAAUUUCUGUCGGGACAGCCACAAAAAGCACUCGGUUUCAUGCCCAAGCGCGGCUUGAAUACCAAUCAAUGCGAAGUGUUCCGUUUCUAUAAGCUACACGCAACUGGUAACAUAUGUGAGCCAAUAUCAAUGAUUGUGCCCAGGAAGUCAACUCUUUUUCAAACCGAUUUGUAUCCAGACACCGUGUCCGACAUUCCAGCAACGAAUGCUCAAGAAUGGUUAUCGGGACGUAAUGCCCAGCCCAUUAUGAUGUCUAUGCAAACUGGUAAAAGCAUUAUGUUGAAAAACAACAAGCAGCAAAAACAUGACAACAAGCAAUCGACGAACGAUUCCAAUUACAAUAACAACCUGAAGCAAGUACAUAACGGAAACAAUGGGAACAACGAGAACGAUAACCAGAAAUACGACAACAAUUCCAAGAAAUUCGCAUUUCUGGCACAACAAACCAUUCCGGACUAUCGGCCGCAACAGAUUAAUGAUAAAAAUCAGAAAACGUCGACCAAUCAAAGCACCAAAUUUCAUCAGCUACAGGCGAUAUUCGGCCAUCAAGGUGCUAAUAUCAAAGACAUCGCUAAUUUGCAGAAUAAUCUGAUAAGCUCGACAAACAGUUCGUUGGAGAAUCUGAAUUUGAUCAAUUCGGAAAAUGAGUUACGCAAAGCAUUCACCCUGCAAACGGAGGAGAUAAAAAACCUGAAAAAUCAACUGUCCAGCUCGGAACAACGUGUUAAAGAGUUGGAGGCCGAGCUACAUCGAUUACAGUUGCAGCUGAAUAGGAAGUAGACAGAACUGAAUUGCUGAUGCAGAGUUGUAUUAUGAUGGCAUGGCUUAGGCUUUUUCCCGGCUAUAUAAAAUGUAAAAUGUUAAAUUUACAGUGAUUUUUGCGACAUGACAAUAUUUACGUAAUGUCAUUCAUCAUCAAUUUAGCCAAAAUAAAAGAGAGAAAAUCGAGCGUUUGUCGUAGUAGAUAUGGACCGGGACGAAAUUAAUUUUCUUUUUCGUUCAAUCGAACGGACCGAUUUGUUUUCCGCUCGUGAUUGGGUUAAAUCAAUUUUUGUUUUAUUGUGAUUGUAAGUACUUUUCUUUCUCAAUGUUCUUUUUGUUCGUCUCUAGUUUAAUGAUUUGUUUGUUUUUAAAAUAGUUAAAAAAUUUUCAUUGUUAUUAUUAUAUGCUAAUAUCGGUAGGAUAAAGUGAACAGACAAAUUCGAGCGUCUAGUGAAAUCUGUAUGCAGAUGAAGAUGAAAAUGUUACAGGUUCAAUACAUCGGUAGUAAACUCGUAAGCGAAUAUGAAUUGUGAAUGGUCCGAAUUUAAUAUUUUAGUUAGAUUAAGUUCUGAUCGUAGAAAACAGUGGGUGAGAAGAGGAUAUGUUGUAUGAAUGGAGGAAACGCACAACACUUUGAUGUGCGUGAAAGAGGAUAACCCUCAAUUCUUUGUUGGUUUCAAAUAUCUUUGUAGCUAUCAAUGAACGCAAUGCUUCAAAGAGUCUUUUAAUGCUUUCGCUUAAUUUAUUAGAUUAAGAUGAAUACUGAAAUGUUGAACCUUCUGUUUAAUGAUGAUUGGAGUGCUAACCAUUUAGGUCGUCCAAUCAUUUUCGGAACAGAACAAACAAAAUUAUCGAAAUGGAUUGACUCAUCAGUGAAUUGUGGAACACACUUUCUUGAUUUUCACGAAACUCCUUUGAUUCGUAUCUGGUUGAGGAAAUGAAUGGAAAGAGAAAUUUAUUGAUUGAUGAGUGAGACACGACGCGAGUUCUGUAAUGACGGCAUUUCUUUAACGGCCAAGGUGUCGUUGCAUUACUAUUACUUCUUUUGUUUAAAAAAUCGUUUGGUGGUAAAUCUUUUACUUCAUUAGGUUUACCAAACGUUUUGCAAAAAAAGUAGCCAGAGAUCUUAUUCUUCUAGUCGUUUUCGAUAACAGAUGAGUAAUCGUUUCUAAAAGAUCCGAAUGAAAGAAAUUUCCGUUCAUAGAACAUUGCAAAUGAAUUCUCCUUUUCAAUUUGUUUAUUGAAAAUAACAAACGAUCCAUCCAUCUAAUGCUUGGAAUUAUUUGAUGCCUGAUUCGACCCAAAACUUGAAUGUGUUAAUGACGUCAAACCUGACCAGAAACCUACCAGAUUUAUCUGAAAGAUUUGUUUAAAUACAGUCGAUCAUAGCCGAAGUUUACUGAACAGAGCAUAAUCCAACGCUCCAACACCCUCUGAAAAAGUAUUAUUUAUUCUAAAUGAUGAAAUCGAUUAGUUCGUAGCGCGUUUUUUUAUUAUUUAACCUUUUUUUGUACCAACUUUGCUGAUGCUGUCGGCUUUAAAUUAACAAAAUUUUAACACUGUUCCACUCGUGAAGUUUUGACCUUCUUGCAAACGGCAAGCAUUCCACCAGUACCAGAUCUGUUACUGUUGAAUUUUCCGCAGAUUGAUACGAAAUCUUUUACUUCAUUAGUAUUAACAUUUUGCCCAGCUAAUAUUUAUCGCUUUAUUUCUGUCGAUUCCGUCGCAUUUAACAGAUGACUGGUCGUUUGCAAGAGGUUGCUUUUUACCAUAAUUAUGUGAUUGUAAUAAUGUAAAAGGAAAGAAAGAAAUGAAAAUUUCGAAAAUGAAAGAUGAAAAAUGCACAACCACAAAACACAAGAGAAAAUAUCAAAUACAAAACAAAAAAAUAACGAAAAGUAUUAAUUUUUAAGUAUAUAUCAAUCUAAUUGUUAAGAGAACAACGCUUUUGUACCGAGACAGACAAAAAAAAUAUUUGUAAAAUUCUAUGGACAAUAUCAAAUUUACAACAAAAAAAUAUAUUUUGAUAACGCAAAUUUCUUUAGGCUAUCCAAAGCAUAGCAUAGAAAAAGAAACCGAAAUAAAUGUGUGUGCUGC